AUGGUCGUUAAAGGGGACAGACGGGAACCUGUGGAACAAGGGCCUAAGGACAAGGUGGCCCCACUGAGUAGUCCUCUGACUGUCUCAGCAGGUCACCCAGCUCCACAGGUGUCCAGCCCUCCAACUCAGAAAGGCAGCAGCUCUGCGGUGACCAAAGUCCCCAGGAGACAGAGGGACAAGCCUCUCUCAGGGCCAAGGUCCUUGUGCCACUGUCCCUGUCAGGAGAACCAGCUCCAGCUGGGCAACCCCAAUGGAGAUUACUGUGGGAAGACUUGUUUGGAGGAGCGUGACAAUCAGUGGCUGGGUGUCAGCUUAUCAAGGCAGCCAAAAGAAAAUGGAUCUAUCGUUGCUUGUGGGCAUAGAUGGAAAAAUAUCUUUUACAUAAAAAGUGAACACAAACUCCCAUAUGGUAUUUGUUUUGCUGUCUCUUCUGAUUUUCGAACUGAACUAAGUAGACGCAUAACCCCAUGCUAUGUAGAUUAUGUGCGAAAGUUUGGAGAAAACUAUGGGUCGUGCCAGGCUGGAAUGUCUACUUUUUACAUUGAGGACUUAAUUAUAAUGGGAGCCCCUGGAUCAUUUUAUUGGACUGGUUCUGUUUUUGUAUACAAUACAACUGCAAAUAAAAUCCGUGCUUAUACAGAUUCAAACAACCAAGUGAAAUUUGGCAGUUAUCUAGGAUACUCUGUUGGAGCUGGACACUUUCUGACACCAGCCAGUAUGGAAGUAAUUGGAGGGGCACCCCAACAGGAGCAGACUGGUAAAGCAUAUAUUUUUAGCAUUGGGAAGCAACUAAAUAUUCUAUUUGAACUAAAGGGUAAAAAGCUUGGUUCUUACUUUGGAGCUGCAGUUUGUGCUGUGGACCUGAAUUCAGAUGGCCUCUCAGACUUGCUAGUUGGUGCUCCAAUGCAAAGUACCAUCAGAGAAGAAGGAAGAGUUUAUGUCUAUAUCAAUUCAGGUUCUGACGCAAAGAUGGUAGAACUGAACAUAGAACUCAGUGGGAGUGACUCAUAUGCAGCCAGGUUUGGAGAGUCCAUAGCCAAUCUAGGAGACAUUGAUAAUGAUGGGUUUGAAGAUGUAGCAAUUGGGGCUCCACAAGAAGAUAAUCUAAAAGGAGCUAUUUAUAUAUACAAUGGCAGGGAAGACGGAAUAAUGCCAUCAUUUUCACAGAGAAUACAAGGACAUCAAGUCAGUAAUUCUUUAAGAAUGUUUGGACAAUCCAUAGCAAGUGGCAUCGAUGCAGAUAACAAUGGUUAUCAAGAUGUAGCAGUCGGUGCAUUUCUCUCUGAUUCUGCUGUGGUGCUGAGAACGAAACCAGUGAUAAUUGUUGAAGCUUCUUUAAAACAUCCUAAUUCAAUAAAUCGAACUAAUUUAAACUGCAUGGAAAAUGACCAGCCUGCCACCUGUAUGAAUUUAAAGAUAUGCUUUACCUAUACAGGACGAGAGGUACCUGGUUAUAUUGUACUGCUUUAUAUUCUGAGUGUUGACGUGAACAGAAAAGUGGAUACACAAGCAAGAUUUUAUUUUUCCUCCAAUGGAACAUCUGAUACAAUCUCAGGAAGUGUUAAGAUUUACAGCAAGAGUACUGCCUGCAAAGAUCAUCCAACAUUUAUGAGGAAAGAUGUAAGGGAUAUCUUGACUCCUGUACAUGUUGAAGCAAGCUACCAACUGGGGCAUCAUAUUCUACAGAAAAGAAAUGCUCAAGAGUUUUCACCACUUCAACCUGUUCUUCAACAGAGGAAAGAUAAAGAUGUUAUAAAAAGCAAGUUUGUUUUUGCAAGAUUUUGCUCCCAUGAAAACUGUUCUGCUGACUUGAGAGUUUCUGGAAAAGUCGUUUUUCCAAAGCCUCAUGAUAAGAAAACGUAUCUUGUGGUCGGAAGCAUGAAGACUUUAUUGUUGAACAUUUCUCUGCUUAAUGUUGGAGAUGAAGCAUAUGACACCGUCCUCCACAUCCAAAUCCCUAAAGGUCUUUAUUUCAUCCGAGUUUUAGAAUUGGAAGAAACCCAGAUACAUUGUGAAGUAUUAGAUAAAGAAAUUCAUGCAGUGAAACUAGAGUGCAGCGUUGGUUACUUAUACGUAGAUCAAAAAUCAAAGCUGGAUUUUAGUUUCCUCUUGGAUGCAAGCUCAUUUACCAGAGCAGAAGACGACCUCAACAUCUUCAUUAAUGCUACCUGUAAAAACGAAGAUGAGAACAUGUUGCUGGAUAACACGCUGACUUUAGAUGUACCUCUAAAAUAUGAGAUUGAGUUAAACACUCAUGGAUUUGUAUCACCAGCUUCGUUUGUUUAUGGAACAAAUGAGGAAGAUUCACCAGCUAUGUGUAUGAAGGAGAGUAUCAACUUCACUUUCCAUGUUAUCAGUGCAGGACCAAGCAUGGCUCCAAAUACAAACUUAGAGAUAAUGAUACCUAAUGCAUUUCCACCCAGUGAUGUCAAAUUAUUCAACAUAUUGGACAUCAAGACAACAGUGGGACAGUGCUCCUAUAAUAAAUAUCCCAGAAACUGUAAUGCAACAGAGAAGAAUGAAAAUAUAUUAAAGGAUGUUGUCACUUUCUUUUCAAAGCCUGCUAAGAGACAAAUGUACUGCAUGAAAAAUGACAGCCUUUGCUUACAAAUACAUUGCCAGCUUGGAAACAUGGAAAGUGGAAAAGAAGCAACCAUUCAGUUGCAUCUGGAGGCUACUCCUUCGCUUUUAGAAAUGGAUGAUGCAUCAGCAUUGAAGUUUGAAGUAAGAGCAACAGCCUCACCAGAAAAAAAUGCAAAAGUUAUUGAACUCCACAGGGACAAGCAAGUUGCAUACGUCUAUUUGGAAGGAGUGCACCACCAGAAGCCAAAAUACCAUGUUACUGUGCUCAUUAUUGGAAUAGGCUUAAUAGUUGGUGUUACCUUGCUUUUGCUGCUGUCAUUUCUAUUAUGGAAGAUUGGCUUUUUCAAAAGGCAAUACAAAUCUGUCCCUCAAGACAAGAGGAGAAGAGACAGCUGGAGUUUUACAAGUGGGAACAAAGAUGACUAAAAUGGCAAAUAAACAUUUGAUUUUAAAAUGAAGAAUUUAAGAUUCGGGUUAAUUCACAGGAGAAACAUCAGUGACAAGAAAACUGGUCUUGAGCUCACUCGCUCUUCCAAAAUACACCUUUAUUUCCUUGAACUGUACGGAGGACUACACAUUAGAGUACUGUUGUUUUUCUAAUAUGGAAACAGUAGAGCAGUUUGAAGUCUCACAGUAACAUCUGAAAUGCCAUAUAGAUACCUGGUUUCAAACAGACAGAAGAACACUAAAGAUAAAGAGAAGAAGAAUUACUUACUGGAAAGAAGAAUUUCUAGAAAGUAGUAACGUUUGGCCAAUCCUGGAAAAUAAGAUCUCAAACACAUGAGCGUGAGUUAUUCUAUUAAUUUUCACGUUUCAGUGAUCUUUUGAUUAGACAUUCAAGAAGAAGAAGAAAUCCUCCCUCACCUUGAUUUGGCAGUUCUACAAGGGUAAAUUAGCUUAAACCACUCAAAGGACAGUAAGUAGAGCGCACGGAUGUAGAAAACCGCUGUCGGCAGCUCUCUUGGGCUUCUGAAGGUAACCUCGUAAGCUUUGGCUUCACAGGCAGAGACUUAGACACCCAGGCAGGCCAGAACCAGGAAGGUCAAAGGUGGAUUCAGAGCAGGGAAGGCUGUGGGGUAGCCUGGAGCUGCAGCACAGAAUCCUCUCUCAGCUGUAGAAAGAGUAAUAAUGUAUUGGAGAUCUGAAUUCAUGGCCAUCUUUAACGUGGUACUUGCAAGCAUGAGAGAAUGAGUUGGUUCAUCCUUACCUUGGAUAUUGCUGAUGUGAUGUUUUGGACUUCUCCAAUGAAAUAUCUCUACAUGGGGUGUUUGUUUGUUUGUUUUUUUAAAGCAAGUAUUUAUUUUUAUUUAUUUGAAGAUUUUUCUAUAGUACUUAGCAUCAUAGUAUUUAGUACUGGCAUUCUUCCAGGACCUGGGGGGAAAAAGAAAGAAAAAAAAAAAAUAAAAAAAAGAGACUUCACGUGAUGACAAAGCAGAGCAACACGUACCCAAAAGACUCCAAAUGCCAACCUCCCUGGGCCAAAUUUUAUCUUUAGCUGUGCCACCCUUUACCUCAAAGUACUUAACAAGGAAGUCAUUUGGAGAGCUAGCUUGGAUUCUUGUGACGUUUCCAGAUGAACACCAUCCAAACAGGCAUCUGCAGCAGCCGCUCACUCAGCGGAAGGGCAAAUGACCGAACAGAAAUAUGGUUCAAACCACUGCUCUGCUACUACAGGAAGUUUCUUCAACUAGAUAAGUUUGCACUGCCACCUAGCUUUGGUGAAAUAGUACAAUCCAGGGGAAAAAAAAAAAAAAUUACUUUGCUCCCCAGUACAACUGGAGAAUGUACAGCUUCUUCAGCAGCUGAAUUUGUUGCAACAGCAGUACGCAAAAUGGCCUUCCUUGCCGUGCCUUUGAUGUCUUUCUGAGCUGCAAGGAGAAAUGAAUGCAAUACGUACAUACAGGGGAAUUAGCCUGUAUCAAAAGCGAUACAGAGAGCCUUCAACAAGCACGUUCGCUAUCGCAGUGUCUGGUGCCAUAAAAGCCACUUUGUCCACAGAUUCUAAAGGUAUCGGGGACCAUUUCUUAAUUUCCUUUCACUUCAUUUGAUGCCAAAGAUGUGCAUUGCUCUAAAGUAGUUUCUCUCUCAAAACCUUCUGCAGUGUAAAGACAAAUGAAUGUGUGUAUAUUU